AUGAAGGUUUUCAACAUCAUCCUCGUUGCUGCGCUGGCCGCCUUCGCCAAUGCCGCUGCUGUUGCCAACCCCGAAGCUGCUGUGGACAGUGCUCCCCUUGAGAAGCGUUGCAGAGCGAGGGGCAGCCUUUGCAAUUCUGCAUCUGACUGCUGCAGUGGGGGAUGUGUUCGCGGGACUACUGUCCAGAAGCUCCAGAAGCACUGCGCUUGA